GGGAAACAAAGCAAGAUUGGCAACGACAAUCCACGACUUCACACACAAUUUCUGAACGAUUUAGAUCUCUCUGUCCAUGAACACGACUUCACUUCCCUAGUCACUGUCUUCUUACCAUUCGCUAGUGCUAAUCAGGACAUUCAAUUGUUUACAGCUUUUUCACACAUACCGCGAGUUUGCGCCCUGUUCCUAUCUACCUGUUUUCUUGGAUCAAUUCAUUCAUUCUCAUCAAUCGUUCGGCCAUCAAUAUUCGACUCAGUGGGUUUUCUGUCUCUUUUUCUCUCGGCGCUGGCUAUCUGUGCCGGAAAGCUCGACUGCCUUUGUGCUGAGUCCGGACCCACCACUGAGACGGCUUCAUCAUGUCAGAAACACCACGAGUCGUCCCACUCACAUGUCAUGGCCAUUCACGACCGAUCACUCAUCUGAGUUUCUCAUCCAUUGUCGACGAUGACCAGUAUUAUCUCAUCUCUGCCUGCAAAGAUAACAAUCCUAUGCUGAGAGACGGUGUCACAGGUGACUGGAUUGGGACCUUCAUCGGACACAAAGGUGCUGUCUGGUCAUCAAGAUUGUCCUCCGACGCAAGAAUCGCAGCUACAGGAUCAGCAGAUUUCUCGGCGAGGAUCUGGGAUCCCCAAACUGGAGAAUGCCUACAUAUCCUUGAGCACAGCCACAUUGUUCGCUCUGUCGCAUUUCCAAUACAAGACAAUCCGCAAUGUGUUGCUACCGGUACUCAGGACAAGAAGCUCAAAAUCUUCGAUCUCACGAGAGGGAGUAGUGUCGCCUCACCAGCGCAAGCCAGUGCUGCAUCCCCAGUUACUCCCAGCACCACCUCCGAAGGUCUUGAGAUUGGAGCAGGUGAACACGGCGGAACCAUCAAGUCGAUUAUCUGGAACGUCGACUACAACAUCCUGACAACUGCAUGUGAGGACAAGACGAUUCGGUGGUGGGAUCUGAGGAGUCAACGCAUGAUUACGAGCUACAAGACCGAGCGUGACAUUGGGUCGUGUGAGCUAUCCACCCACAAAUCUGGAGACCCGGACCCAGGUAUUAUCAGUGUUGCAGUCGGUCACUCCGCUCUUUUCUUCGAUGCCGGACGGCCAGGACAAUUGGUCAAGCAAGUCAACUUCGACCAUGACAUCGCAAGCGUAGCCAUAAAUACAGGAACUGGCCGCUUUGUCACUGGUGGAGGCAAGGACGUCUGGGUUCGCGUGUGGGAUUUUGACCAGGAAAAAGAACUGGAGGUUCUAAAGGGUCAUCACGGGCCAAUUUGGUCGACUGCAUACUCUCCCGACGGCAAGCUGUUUGCAACCGGAAGCGAAGAUGGCACCAUCAAGUUGUGGAAAGCUUGUAAGGAGCCUUAUGGACUCUGGCGCUGAUGAUGACAUAACCACUGCACGAUGCGGCUUAUCCAGCACAUGGAACGCUACACUUUUACCUUGUCGCGAGUAGCGGCAACCUCAAAUAACGGCGAUGUUCAAGAAAAUUUUCGGAUGUCCCAAUGACUUUACAAUGUCUCAUCAUCGGUCAUGUCAGGAACUGAAUGACAGUGGAAGCCGACAUCUGUCACUGGCGAGCAGCCAUACGAGGGCGAGAUGAUCACAGGGGGUUGCUGCUUUGAGACGUGCUUCUGGAUCGACGGAGCAUCGGAGCUGACGGCCAUUGGUAAAGAAUUUGGUGCCUGGACCUGAACCCUGCAGCAAGCUUGGAACAAGGAUUUAGGAGGAGCCUGGGGCUUGCCGAACGGGAAGCUUCAGAGGGGACCGAAGCAGCCUUCCGGUGCCACUCAAAGCGGUACGGGCUCUUGAGGCUCUCUGUGUCUACCAACCUGCGUCACGGCAUAUGGAGAGAAUUUAAUGCGAUGAGCACUUGGUAGAGAGUAGACAACGAUCAAUGCAUCGCUAUGGUACCCC